UAAAUCUUGAUGAAGAGACUGACUGAUGAUUAAAAACAACUUUAUUUGGUGUCAUAAUGACCUCACUGGCAUUUGAUUUGCAUAUUUAAAUUAUUUUAUAUUGAUACAUGAGAUUGUUUUUUUUUUUACUCCAAAAAUAUUCAAACAGACUUCAUUGAAAAGUUCGGGGUUUUUUUCUUUUCUGAGGAACAAGUGUGCAGUCAGCUCCUCAUGAUGGCUCUGGACACAGAGUUUGGUGUGCAGAGCAGCAGCAUCAUCAGGGAAUGGAGUGGAGAGGUCCAUCCCGCUCUGGUCGCCUCUUUUGUUUUCCUCUUCUGUCUGGAAGCCUGUCUGUGGGUCAGAAACCUCAGGCUCAAGAGGAGACUGCCGGGACCCUUCGCCUGGCCCGUGGUGGGCAACGCCAUGCAGCUGGGCCAGAUGCCUCACAUCACCUUCGCCAAGCUCGCCAAAAAGUAUGGGAACGUGUACCAGAUACGACUGGGCUGCAGUGACAUCGUGGUCCUGAAUGGAGACAAGGCGAUACGUCAGGCUCUGAUACAGCGCAGCACAGAGUUUGCAGGCAGACCGAAUUUUGUCUCGUUCCAGAUGAUUUCUGGAGGCAGGAGUAUGACUUUUACUAAUUACAGCAAACAGUGGAAAGCACACAGGAAAAUUGCCCAGUCGAGCCUCAGAGCCUUCUCCUCUGCAAACAGUGAGACCAAAAAAGCCUUCGAGCAGCACGUCACGGCUGAGGCCAUGGAGCUGGUGCAGGUAUUUUUGCGCCAGAGCACUGACGGACGGUAUUUUGACCCCGCUUAUGAAUUCACGGUAGCUGCUGCUAACAUCAUGUGUGCUCUCUGCUUUGGGAGGAGAUACGGACAUGAUGACCUCGAGUUCAGGACAUUGUUGAAAAGAGUGGAGAAGUUUGGAGAGACAGUUGGGGCAGGUAGCUUGGUAGAUGUCAUGCCCUGGCUCCAAUCCUUCCCAAACCCAGUCCGCAGUGUCUACGAAGACUUCAAAAACCUCAAUGAGGAGUUUUUUGCCUUUGUGAAAGACAAAGUGGUGCAGCACAGGGAGUCCUAUAACCCUGAGGUGACCCGGGACAUGAGUGACGCCAUCAUCAAUGUGAUUGAGCAUGGAGAAGACAGCAGACUGACCAAAGAAUUUGUUGAAGCAACUGUCACAGAUCUGAUCGGAGCGGGUCAAGACACAAUGUCAACUGUGAUGCAGUGGAUUUUCCUGCUCUUGGUCAAAUACCCAGACAUGCAAGCCAAACUGCAGGAGCUCAUAGACAAAGUAGUUGGCCAAGACAGACUGCCAUCGAUUGAGGACAGAAGCAGCUUGGCGUACCUGGACGCCUUCAUCUACGAGACCAUGCGCUUCACCAGCUUCGUCCCCGUCACCAUCCCUCACUCCACCACCUCAGACGUUACCAUCGAAGGUCUCCACAUCCCCAAAGAUACAGUGGUGUUCAUCAAUCAGUGGUCUGUCAACCACGAUCCUCUGAAGUGGAAGGACCCCCAUGUGUUUGACCCCACGCGCUUCCUCGAUGAAAACGGGGCCCUCGAUAAAGACAAAACCAACGGUGUGAUGAUUUUUUCAACAGGUAAAAGACGCUGCAUCGGUGACCAGAUCGCCAAAGUACAGGUGUUUUUAUUUACAGCGGUCUUGUUGCACCAGUGCAGCUUUGAGAGCAACCCCUCUGUGCCCCUCACUCUGGACUGCUCAUACGGGCUCACACUGAAGCCCCUCCAAUUCAGUGUCAGCACCAAGCUCAGGGGAAAGCUGCUCGGCUUAGUUUCCCCGGCAUGAACAGCAUGUUCCAAUACUGUGACUCCAGCAAACACUUUCCCACCAAUGACAUUUAUCAGUGAGUAUCAAUAUGCCUGCGCUAAACAAUACUGUUGUAAUAUUAUUUUUCAUAUUUAACAAGGAUAUUUAAUUAAUAUCUAAACAUGGUCUGUAUUUUAAUUGCUGUUGGUGCAGGGCUGAGAAUAUGAUCUCAAAGAUGUAAAAUGCAUGUGUGUGGACAGUCAGGAUCAGUGGAAAGAUAUUAUAUUUCUGCUUCACUAAAUACUCCAUACUUGAUCAGAUUUUGUACAUAAUGCUGAGUUUUACAUCCACUAUUGAGUAUGUAAAUGUACGGUGUGUGUGUGCAGAAAUUAGCUACAUCCCUUAAAGGUCAAUGUAAACUAUUAUAACUGUAUAUGAAAUGUUUGUGAAAGUUAUCAAGUCAUUUGAUGACUUAUUGUUUGGAUUUAUAAUAUGUAAAAGUAUAUUUAACCUUUGCCACAUAAAGCAGUUAUGACAUAGUGUUGUAUUUUUUAUAAAAUUUUGUAUUUCAGGUAUGACAAUAAAUUUAUUUAACUUUAACCUGUUUCACUAUCUACUGUACUCAAAGCAUAUGAACACAAUAAACAGAGCAUGCUGAUCAAAGGGAGACAGAAAUGUGCAUGUUUACAAAGCUGGGAAGCGAGAAAGAAGUCUUUCAUCAAGGAGCAUCCAUCACUUUUCAAAGCAUGAAGUGGAGAUGUUACUGUGGACCAUGAACACUUAAACUUUAUGCAUCCAGGGUUCAGUUUUACUGUACUUCCAGCACUGCAGCUUCCAUGCCAAAUACAUGUCUCACCAGUACAACAAAACACAUGUGCAGUAAAUUUCUUUCACUCAAGAGGCAUUCUCAAAAAUAUGUUUGUUUACAAUAACUUUUUCAAAGCUACGUGGAUGUCACUGAACACUCUUUAAUUCUCUGAAUUCAAAAAUUGAUGCUAUAAUGCCCAAGGGAUGUGUUUUUCUGUCUGUGUCAGGGCAAAAAGUUUACCUCAGUACGCCUUGAAUGCAAAAGCAUUUGAUCUGUGAUGUUUUAACAUUCAAGGCCUACUGGGACUUGCUAUAAUGAAGAAAUAAGCUGUAUCUGAAAUGAAUAAAGUGAAUUGUCAAUAUA